UAUCAUCAUUUGGCCUUAUCAUUUGGCGGAGUGACCGUCGAGUUCGUGACUUUCUUUAACGUUAGAAGUGUUAAAAUUAAAUAACGAAUGUAUUUAUAAGAAACUGUUUGAUCCGGGAUUGUCAAAUUAAUCAUGUCUUCAGAUGACGACGACGAUGAUGAAUAUAUUAUUCACGGGAAGUUGUUGGAUCCCAUUCAAGAAGAUGAGAUUGUUAAAAGAAAAGAUGCAGAACAACAGUUUGUGAAAGAUGAAAAUGGAAGAAGACGAUUUCAUGGAGCUUUUACAGGGGGAUUUUCUGCUGGAUUUUAUAAUACAGUUGGUUCUUUAGAAGGAUGGACACCAAGCACAUUUAAAUCAUCUAGGGCUUCAAAAUAUACACCUAGAGCUCAAAAUGCUUACGAUUUUAUGGAUGAAGAAGAUAAAAGAGACUUGGGAGUUGAUUCUGCAAGUUUAAAAAUAAAAGCAGAAUAUAGUGAUAAUUCGUCAAGAAAACGUCAACUUCCUAUGAUUAAUACUGGACCUAUUCCUGGAAAGCCUGUACUUGGAGACAUUUUAAAACCAAUUAAAGAUACAUGGGGCGUUGAAUUGCUGAAAAGUAUGGGUUGGAGACCUGGUCAAGGAGUUGGUCCUCAACUCACACAGCAAGAAAAAUUGAGAGUUAAAAAAGAAUUAGAAAAUGUUGGAAUGAGAUUUAAUACAAAAACUAAGUAUGAUGAUGAUGAUGAUGAAGUCAACGAGUUAUUAGGAAACAUUAAAGUUUCUCCUUAUGAGUAUGAAUCAGUGGCAAUUAAACCAAAAGUUGAUACUUUUGGACUGGGUUAUGAAGGUCUUAAGACAACUAAUACUUCAGGAAAAUCUACUGAUAAAUAUAGUAAACUGACUGUUGGAGGAAAAUCUAUUCAUGGACAGGCUUUUGGAGUAGGAGCUUAUGAAGAUGAUGAUGAUGAUAUUUAUGCUACUGAAGAUAUGACAAAUUAUGAUUUCACUCUAGAAGAUAAAUCUAAAAAAUCUAAAAAUAAAUCCAAGUCUAAUCAUUUAAGUUCUGAAUGUAUUGAUGGAUUUGUUGAAGAUCAAAUAAAAAACAGUUUGUUUCAAAAACUUCCACCUCCUAUGGAAAUUCCACCUGAGUGGCGUCCCAAAGGAAUGUUUGAACGGAUAUUGGGUCAAUGUCCUCCUGAUUUUUACAGUCAAUCUACUAAUUCUACUAUCGUUUCAAAUCUUAAUGUGAACACAAGACAACGAGAAAUAAAAAAACCUCAAGCACCACCACCAGUAAUACAGCUUAUUAAAAAAGAAGAACCUUGUUUACUAUCAGAUAUAAUAUCUGAUCGAUUUACCAGAGCUGUGUUACCUGAUGAUUCAACAAAUGCUUUGAAACCAGUUAUUAGAACUACUGAUCCAGCAUUACAAAAACUUAAGGAAUAUGCUGACAAAAAAAUGUAUGGGUUUUGGACCAGAAAAGUUGAACCUUGGAUUCCUGAUAAAUUACUUUGUAAAAGAUUUAAUGUUCCUGUGCCAAAACAAUCAAUGAUCAACUAUACGAAUGAUGGAAAAAAACAUGGAGAGUGUAGUCUAUUUAGUUCUUUAGAAUUUGCAUCACAUGAACCUGCGCCUAAUGAUGAAAAUUCAAUUCUAAAUAAUUUACCGUUGACUGUUAAUAAUGUGAUUCCUGAUCAUGAAAAACAAUUUGAAUUACAAGAAAAUGUGAUGGAAACUACUAAUGAUGUCGUAGAAUGUCAGAAACCGAGUGUUGAUUUUUUUAAAGAUAUAUUUUUGGAUGAUAGUGAUGAAGAUACAGUAAAUGAUGACAAAAGUGAAAAAAUAUCAAUGGAUCCCAUUGAAAAUACUUGUUCAAACGAAACAUUAUCAGUCAAGACAGAAGUCAAAGAAUUGAAUGUUCCAAGUUCUACUCCUUUAAAUAUUAUUCCUCCUAAAGGAAUUUUUGCUAACCUUAAUUUUGACGAUUUAUUUGAUACAUCUCAUAAAAAAAAUGAAAAUGGGAAUGAAAAUAAAGUUACCAUAAAUGAAAUUGAUAAUAUCAAUAAUUUGUAUGGUCCAUUAAAACCUGAAUCUAGAAAAAUCUCAAAAAUGAACUCUGUUAAUAUUAAGAAGAUAGAAAAUACAUCUUCUGAAGAUGAAUGGGUGGAAAAACCUGAAUCAUUUAGCAAAGAGUCGAGUCUUAAAAAAAAACAUAGCAAGCACAAGAAACACAAACAUAAAUCAAAAAAGAAGUCACACAAACAUAAAUAAUAUCAGAACUUGCUAUCAGUUCUAUCAGUUUUAGCGUUUAUUUUAUUAUUUUUAAAAU